AUGUCUAAGCUCUUCGCCUCAAUCGCCAUUCUCAUGGCAGCGACACUUCCUCACUACGCGAGCUCCUUCUCCUUAGGUGGCAGGACGACUGUUAUGUCGCAAAGAAGCCAGCUCUUGACCACUUUGGGAAUGUCUGACGACUUCAUUCAAGAAACCCCUAAGAUAACCGAAGGAAGGAUUCAGGAGUUGGUUGAUACUCAUCCCGUACUUCUAUUUAUGAAGGGGAGCAAACUGUUUCCUCAGUGCGGAUUCAGCAACACAGCGGUUCAAAUUCUCCAGUCUUAUGAUAUCGACUUUCACAGCGUUGAUGUGCUGAGCGAUGAAGCCAUCCGAUCUGGUGUCAAGGAUUUUUCCCAGUGGCCAACAAUCCCUCAACUCUAUGUCGCAGGAGAAUUCAUUGGAGGUAGCGACAUCAUGAUCGAACUCUACCAAACCGGAGAAUUGGGAGAAAUGAUCGAAAAGGCGAAAGCAGACAUGAUGUAG